AUGUUAAAAUGUUGUCUUUUUCUAUUUAAAACUUAAUUCUUGUUCAAUAGUGUCAUCAAAAUCUUGGCCCAUUAGGGCUUCUUAUCUCUAUCUCCUCUUCUCCUCUUCUCCUCUUCUCCUCUUCUCCUCUUCUAUAUAAACACAUGUAGUCCUCUAUUCUCCUCUAUGGAUUUUAGGAUUUUCUCUUUCAUUGUCAGCAUGGUAUCAAAGCUCUAGGUUCUCUCCAGCCACUGCCUCCCUCUCCAGCGUGCUGCCCUCCUCUAGCAGUGCCCUUCUCUUCUUGGCAGCACCUACCUGCCGACGCCAUUCCUCUCAUUGGCACCCUCAUCCUCAAUAGUUGUCAGUCUUCACAGCAGCCCUCCUCCACCGCCGCCUCCUGCCACCCCUCACUAACACUGCCUCCACUUCCACCCCUCUCCAAGCACCAUGCCAAGCAUGCCCUAGGUCAUGCCCGCUACCCUCGAUCGCCGCUCCCACCACAACGUGCCCUAGGCAAACCUGCUGUGGCAUGCCUUAGGUGGCGUGCUCUGCCAUUGUGGCCUCUACUGUUGUGGCCUCUAUCAUUUUCACAGCCCCUACUGCCAUCGUGGCCCCUGCCACCACCACUGCGGUCUCUGCCACUACUGCGGCCUCCCUCCAGCCACACCCUAAGGUCUUCGUCAUUGGCUACACGGCCUUGACCGAGCACCCUCCCGUGCACCUAUCGGCCGGCACCUGCAUCUUCAUGGCCUCCUUCACAGCUUCUCCAUUGUCCCUGAUGUGACUUAAUCAUUGUAUAGUAAAUUACACAAAUUUAAAAUUUAUAAAACUAGAAAAUAUGAAUUUUUGAACAAAUAUAUCAAUUAUAAUUCAAUAAAACUUCUAAAAAAUAGUAGUAAUUUUCCAAGUCAAUCACAAGGAUGUAAUAUAAUAUUGGGUAAUUAUUUAUAAUUUUUCUCAAUGAAUAUUAUUUUCUAUGAAUUUUAUAAUAAGAAAUAAAAUUAAAUAUAUUUAAAAUUCACAAAAAAAGGAAAUAAAGGUACGGACGUCAGCACCCUAUGAACACGAAUCGAGUAGAAAUAGAGUUCCACUCGAUGAUUCUUACAUAAGCAAUUACAGACGAUUUAAUUAAUCAAAUUAAGAUCUAUAAAAGUCAGAAUAAUCGUAAUUGAAUGAAGUAUAUCUUGAUAAAUUUAAAUCACACAAAUUAUUACAUUCGCAAUCAAGUCCCUUUCUCGCGCAUGUACGACCACUCCUUGCCCCACAGCCAGCUAGCCACCGAUGAUGUGGAAGGGGAGUGGCGCACACGUGCCCCUAUCAGUCCUAGCCACUCAAGCCCCUACUCGCAGCUCCUCCCUUGAUGACGAGUGGGACCCGUCUCCAUCAGCUCAGGAGACACCGGUAGUCCGAGUUCAGCCUGAUCGACGCACAAAGAUAAAGGAGCCUGGUUUACGCUACACGGGCUAG